AUGGCGCUGAGGCUGGACCGAGCGUAUAUCCAUCAACACUCUCGUACUUCCCGCCUCAAGAGUCCAGCCAUAGCUCCUCGAAUACUGCUUGCUCCGCUUCUCUUUGCCCUCGGGAUCAACUUCCUCGGACAUACAAAUGCAGGAACCGUCAGUAUAUCCCAGUAUCCACUAUACCAACAGCUUCGCGGAUGCGCUCAAUGCUGCUACUGGGAAUGCAACGCACGGGGUGACUUCUGGCUCGCCAACGAGCAACUCAGCUGUGGGAACGACCCCAUCGACGGCUGCUUCUGCCGCUCCGACCUCAUUCCGGUUGCGACGAGCUACCUCUCCAAUUGCGCCUACUCAUCGUGCGGGAGCAACUUGAACGACAUGACCAGCGCGGUUGCAGCGUAUACGGAGUACUGCAAGCAUAUUGGGCAAGUCGCAAUACCGACGACAGGUGGGGCACUGCCGGCGACGACGCAGCAGCCAGGCGCAGCAGGUGCGUACACUGUUACUAUGUACGUCACAGCGACGGUUACCGUAUACUCAGGCGGAGUCAGGGUGAAGCCCGCAAUAUGUGGUGCUGUCUUUGAGCCGUUUUGGGGCCUUUUCGCUGCGCUGCUGCUUGAAUCAUCGACCAUCAUAAUACGACACCUGCGGUGGUUAAUAUGA